AUGGUAGCAAUUAAUUCAGUUUCUAAUUACCUAUCAUUAUUGGAUGAAGAUCAAUUAGAAUUGAAAUCAUAUUCAUUAGAAAAAUUAGAUUCAUGUGUUGAUGAAUUUUGGUCAGAAAUUGCAUCAUCUUCAAUCGAUAAAAUAAAAUCAUUAUCAGUCAAUAAACAAUUUCCAAAACAUGAACUUGCAUCAUUAGUUUUAUCAAAAGUAUAUUACAAUUUAAGUGAUUUCCCAAAUUCAAUGGAAUAUGCGUUAUCAGCUGGUUCUUUAUUUAAUGUUUUAUCAAAGAGUGAAUACAUUGAAACACUUUUAUAUAAAUUUAUUGAUGAAUAUAUUAAAUUAAGAACAUCCACAAAUAAAGACACUGUUAUCAAUCCACAUCUCGAAUCAAUUGUAAUGGGAAUGUUUGAUAGAUGUUUCAAGGAAGGAUCAUAUAAACAGGCAUUAGGUAUUGCUAUUGAAGCAAGAAGAUUAGAUAUAAUUGAAAAAGCAAUUUCACAAUCUGGUAAUGUAAAUAGUAUGCUCUCUUAUUGUCUUCACAUUUGUAAUGUUUCAGUAAACAAUCGUCAUUUCCGUCAUAGUGUUUUAGGUAUUUUGGUUAAUCUUCAUUUAGCCCAAGAAAAACCAGAUUAUCUUAGUGUUGUUCAAUGUUUAAUCUUUUUAGAUAACCAUAUUGAAGUUGCUACAAUUUUAUUAUCAUUAAUUAAAAAAGAUGAAGAAUCAUUAUUACUUGCAUAUCAAAUUGGAUUUGAUCUUUUUCAAAAUAGUACACAACAAUUUUUAUUAAAUGUUCGUAAUAGAUUACCACCAGUUGAAAAGAAAUCAACAACAACAACAACAACAACACCAGCAUCAGAUAGUAUGGAAAUUGAUAUAGAUAGUGGUAAUGAAAAGAGUGGAGGAUCAUCAUCCUUUGAACAACGUUUAGAAAGAUUACAUUCAAUUUUAAUUGGAGAUGUAUCAAUUGGUAUGAAUUUAGAAUUUCUUUAUCGUAAUUGUAGUACUGAUAUGCACAUUUUACAAUCAAUGAAAACCACCAGUGAAUUACAUAAGGGUGCCAUCUUUUAUUCUGGUACAUUAUUUGCCAAUGCAUUGAUGCAUGCUGGUACAACUAGAGAUACAUUUUUAAGAAGUAAUAUUGAAUGGUUAUACAAAUCAACUCAUUGGACAAAGUUUAGCGCAAUCUCAAGUUUGGGUGUAAUUAACAAGGGUCAUAUCAAAGAGAGCAAAUCACUCUUGAAGACUUAUUUGCCAGGUGCUAGUGUCAAUCAAACUCCAUACUCUGAAUCUGGUUCUCUUUAUGCUCUCGGUUUAAUUCAUGCUUCACAUGGCGAGGAGAUCAUCGAUUAUUUAGUGGAGAAGUUACACAUCAACAAUGCCAUCCUUCAUCAUGGUGCAUCCUUGGGUUUGGGUUUGGCUGCAAUGGCAACAGGUCGUGAUGAUUUGUAUGAAGAUUUGAAAAGUGUGCUCUAUAACGAUGACGCCGUCUCUGGUGAGGCCGCUGGUUUGGCUAUGGGUUUGGUGAUGUUGGGCAGUGGCGCAAAGAAGGCCAUCGAAGAGAUGUUGGCAUAUGCUCAUGAGACCCAACAUGAGAAAACCAUCAGAUCCUUAUCCAUGGGUUUGGCAUUCUUAAUGUAUGGCAAGGAGGAGAGUGCCGACACCUUGAUCGAGCAAAUGAUUGGUGACAAAGAUCCAUUGAUUAGAUAUGGUGGUAUGUAUGCAAUUGCCUUUGCUUACUGUGGAACUGGUCACAAUGAUGCCUUGAGAAAACUCUUACAUGUCGCCGUCUCUGAUGGUACCGACUCUGUUAGAAGAGCUGCCGUCACUUGUAUUGGUUUCGUUUUGUCCAGACAACCAGAGAAAUGUCCAAAGGCAAUCGCUUUGUUGGCCGAAAGUUAUAACCCACACGUUCGUUAUGGUGCCGCUUUCGCUUUGGGUAUUGCAUGUGCUGGUACCGGUCAAAGAGAUGCUUUGGAAAUUUUAAAAUCACUCACCACCGAUAGUGUUGGUUACGUUAAACAAGCCGCUUGGAUCUCCAUGGCUAUGGUAUUGAUUCAAACCAGUAAAGAGUUGGUACCAGAGGCUGAAACCGCCAGAAAAUUAUUCGCCACUUGUAUCAGUGAUAAACGUGAGGAUUCAAUGUCCAAGUUUGGUGCUGUAUUAGCAUUUGGUGUCAUUGAUGCCGGUGGUAGAAACUCUACCAUUCAAUUACAUUCACCAAGUGGUCACAAGAAUAUGAAUGCUAUCGUUGGUAUUGCUGGUUUCCUUCAAUUUUGGUAUUGGUUCCCAAUGACUCACUUUAUGGGCUUAGCGUUAACUCCAACCUCUAUCAUUGGUCUCAACAAAAACUUGGAAAUGCCAGUUUUCACUUUCAAAUCCAAUUGCAGACCAUCACUCUUUGCUUAUCCACCUGAAACCAAACCAUCCACCACAAGCUCAACCAAUAAAAUUGAAACAGCCAUCCUCUCCUACAGUAGAAAGAAUAAACUUCAAAGUUCUCGUUCCGCUAUGAAUAUUGAUCAAGAUGUUGAAAAGAAAGAAAAAGAGGAGAAAGAAGCCAAAGAAAAAGAAGCCAAAGAAAAGGAAGAAAAAGAAGCUGCCAAAGCCGAAGAAAAAGAACCACUCUUUGAAAGAAAAUCAAAUCCUGCUCGUAUCGUACCAAGACAAUUACAAUAUGUUCAAUUUGAUGAUGCUCGUUAUCAACCAAUUAAAAAGAGUCCUGCCAUUGGUAUCGUUAUGUUGAGAGAUUUAACUCCAAAUGAACCAGAACAAUUGGUUGUAAAAGAAAAACCAGAAACUAAACAAGAAACUGUUGGAAAUCAAUCUGGUACUGCUACUGCUACUGCUUCACUUCCAAAUGCUACCACUACAACUUCUCCAACUCUUCCAGAACCUUCAACUCCAGAACCAUUUGAAUUUACUGAAUAA